GAAAUUUCCACUCUUUGGGAAGGCGAGAAGAAAAGCAGGGUCUCCUGAUCCACCCUUUCCCAAUACUUGCCCCGGAUUCUAACCCAAAGAGGACAGGACAGGAGGCUCGUUCUGCCUAAGAGGGCCGAAGACCCGAGCUCACAGAACAGAACGUUCUGAACAUCACCACAAAGUGGGAGAGCCUUCAGCCAAGGGCGCAGUAUAUUGUUUACACUGAAGGAGUGUGGACAGGAAAGCGCUGACGGCUCAAAUGGACCCCAUGGAACUGAGAAAUGUCAACACCGAACCUGAUGAUGACACCAGCAGUGGAGGAAGUACUCAAGAUAGCUACACGGGGAUGGGAAACGCAGAGAAGGUGGCCAUGAGCAGUCAAUUUGCUAAUGAAGAUGCUGAAAGCCAGAAGUUCUUGACAAAUGGAUUUUUUGGGAAAAAGAAACUGGCCGAUUAUGAUGAUGAACAUCACCCUGGCACCACUUCCUUUGGAAUGUCUUCAUUCAACCUGAGCAACGCCAUCAUGGGCAGUGGAAUCUUGGGCUUAUCCUACGCCAUGGCCAACACUGGAAUCAUACUUUUUAUAAUCAUGCUGCUUGCUGUGGCAAUAUUGUCACUGUAUUCAGUUCACCUCUUACUAAAGACAGCCAAGGAAGGAGGGUCAUUAAUUUAUGAAAAGUUAGGGGAGAAGGCGUUUGGAUGGCCUGGAAAAAUUGGAGCUUUCGUUUCCAUUACAAUGCAAAAUAUUGGCGCAAUGUCGAGCUACCUCUUUAUCAUUAAAUAUGAGCUACCUGAAGUAAUCAGAGCAUUCCUGGGACUUGAAGAAAGUUCUGGGGAAUGGUACCUCAACGGCAACUACCUCAUCAUAUUUGUGUCUUUGGGAAUUAUUCUUCCGCUUUCUCUUCUCAAAAAUUUAGGUUACCUUGGUUAUACCAGUGGAUUUUCUCUUACCUGUAUGGUGUUCUUUGUCAGUGUGGUGAUUUACAAGAAAUUUCAGAUACCUUGUCCUCUGCCCAUUCUGGAUCACACUGUUGGAAACCUGACAUUCAACAACACACUUCCAAUGCACGUGAUACCACUGCCCAACAACUCCGACGGUACUGGCGUGAACUUCAUGAUGGAUUACACGCACCGCAACCCUGCGGGGCCAGAUGAGAACCAGGCCAAGGGCUCUCUCGAUGGCAGUGGAGUAGAGUUCGAAGCCCAUAACGACAAGUGUCAGCCAAAAUACUUCGUAUUCAACUCCCGGACGGCCUAUGCAAUUCCUAUCCUAGCAUUUGCUUUUGUUUGCCACCCCGAGGUCCUUCCCAUCUACAGUGAACUUAAAGAUCGGUCCAGGAAGAAGAUGCAAACAGUGUCAAAUCUUUCCAUCACAGGGAUGCUAGUCAUGUACCUGCUUGCUGCCCUCUUUGGUUACCUAACAUUCUAUGGAGAAGUUGAAGAUGAACUCCUGCAUGCUUACAGCAGAGUGUACACAUUUGACACCCCUCUCCUCAUGGUCCGCCUGGCAGUCCUGGUGGCGGUGACAUUAACUGUGCCCAUUGUCCUGUUCCCAAUUCGCACAUCAGUGAUCACGCUGUUAUUUCCCGAAAGACCUUUCAGCUGGAUUAGACACUUCGUGAUUGCAACCGUCAUUAUUACACUUAAUAAUGUUCUGGUUAUCCUCGUGCCAACUAUCAAGUACAUCUUUGGAUUCAUCGGAGCUUCUUCAGCCACCAUGCUCAUUUUCAUCCUGCCGGCAGCGUUUUACCUUAGACUUGUCAAGAAAGAACCUUUCAGGUCACCCCAAAAGAUCGGGGCUAUAAUGUUCCUUGUGACUGGAAUUAGCUUCAUGAUCGGAAGUAUGGCACUCAUUAUAAUGGACUGGGUUUACAACCCUCCAAAUUCCAAGCAUCAUUAACCUGAGAGAACAUAUUUUCUUUUUCUACUGGAAAUGGUUGCAAGUUAUGCUCCAAAAGACAGUUGAGGUAUCUUGAUUGGAAUAUUGUUCACAGGAAAUGACAACAGGGAGAUUCCAAAGAUGUUUGCUAGUAAUAUCAUCACACACCUGCAAGAGAAAGUCCUGGCUUUUGUCAAGAAUGGCUGUUGAUAUGCUGUAAAUCCGUGUUGCACAUUUCUACCCAGGUUUUCCUGCAACAGCGUGAGGUGAUCAAGGUGUGUCUUUGCUGUUACACAAGCAGAAUAAGGGUGGCUGCAUGUAAUAGUCAUCGGAUAAUAUUCUUUCUCCCUUCCCGCUCCCCAACAUGCAUUCCCUAUAAAGUCACAAAUAGUUGUGUUCUCAGAAUAUCAAACUAAGAAUAAUAAGUUGUGUUCUCAGAAUAUCAAACUGGCGGCAAACAGGCAUUAAGGUAACUUAAUGCCUUCGCCCAUCUUGCACUAAACUCCAUGGGUCUGUUGGCCAACGGAAGCCAAAAGCAUGUCCUGUGACCUAUCCCUGGGAGAAAUACAAAUGAUCACACACAAGUCCACAGCACUUACGUCAACACUAAAGGAAUAUUUUGCCCGGACUAUUUGUGACAUUGAAUUAGUAACUGCUUCACUCAAUGGAUUUUUUUUUUUUUUUUUUUUUUUUUUGCUAAAUGACGAAACAUAACUAAAUACAGAGAGGGGUCUUUAUUUAUAGAGCAACAACAAAAAUAAUACUGCAUAUAGCUAAGCUACCUCUGUGGAAGCUUCUGCUUUGUAAUGCUAUUCCCAGCCCAUUGUCAUUCGUUCGUCCUUGAGCAAUGCUCUCCCUCUCGUCUUCCAUUUUCAUUCAGAAUUUUUAGAAGACCACAGUUCACGUGGAGACACGCUACCCAGUAUUGUUCGAUGUGUGUUUAUUUGAUAAACAUUUCAGUGCAGGAAACUGUGAUUUGCUGUAUGUUCAUGUAUAUAAUCUUAUUCUGUAGUCAUCAGAAUGUACAUUUGAUUUUUAUUUUUUACAUGUGUGGCUUUGUUUCGCACAGCCAAAACACUUACUGAGGGUAAGGUCAGGGAAUUAAGCUGGUGGGUUGAAAAAUCCAUUUGUAUGUAUCUGUCCAUUGGGGUUAUUUUAAAUUUAAAACCGAAGUUAUAUAGUUCAGUAAUGCUCUUCCUCAAUGUUUACAAUAAUAGAAUCAUGUAUAAGAAAUGAAUUCUCUAUUUGCAAAUAAUUAACAGAGCUAAGGUUGCUCUUUCAGUUUAGUAGGUCUAAAAUAAGAUUGAAUUCAUUUUAGCUUGCACAGGUAUUUGCUAACAUUCUUUUGUCAUUUAAUACACUGUUGAGUAGUUGUCCAUAGAAAUAUAAGUGCUGACACUACAAAGAGAUGCAAACUAUCAUUCUUACCCACCUCCAUAACAUACUCACAUGGAGUGGGAUUAAAAGUUGCUUUUCGGGGCUGGGGAUUUAGCUCAGCGGCAAAGCGCCUGCCUGGCAAGCGCAAGGUUGUGAGUUCAGUUCCCAGUACAAGAGAAAAACCAAAAAAAAAAAAAAAAAUGUUACUUUUCACUGCCUAGAAUUUCUGGAGGCAUUACUGUAUUUUCAAAUCACUAGCAGGAACAUUUGUUAUAUAUUUUAUAUUUUAGAAAAGCUAAGUAUGAAAUAUAAGUAUCAUAUAUUUCAAUAGACUGAAUCAUAUUUCUAUAGUUUUUCAGAAGUGCGGCUAGGAAAGUAUAUAUUUGUUUUAUGUAUCAUUUUCUAGAGAUGCAUAACUGUAAAAUGGUGCACUUUGUUAUGGAAAUUGAGCAUUACUAGAAACUAUCAUAACUUAAGUUCCUAUCAUUUGGAAACAUUGUGCUGAAUAGCAUCUUUAAGAUGUAUUCCCCUUUUUGUUUGUCUAAAGAGUGCUUUCAAACUAGAAAAUGGAAAAAAGUGUCUUCUGCAUGUUAAAAAAUGUUGAAUCUGAAGUUAUUUAAAUGUAUAUAUUAAAGAUUAAUCCAAAAAUAUUAGAAAACUAUAAAACCUGUAUAUAUUUUGGAUAUUUUACAUUUUAAAAGAUUAAUUUGAAAAUAUCGCCAUGUAUAAUUAUAUAAAUAUUCAAGAGCAAUACUGGAGUGUCAAAUACUAAAGCACCAGUUCCCCUCGGGGCUACGUUUGGGGUGAGAGGCCAUAUAUACUGCAGGGCAGACGUACACACGGCAUCCUGUGCUGGUUAAUUUAACCGCAUUUGUAAACAGAAGAAAUUUUUAUUUUCUUAUUUCAUUUAUAAGAUGGUUCAAUGUAUUGGGAGGAUUUUUUAUUACAGAAAGUGUAUAUUGGUAUAUAAUAAAUGAACUUUUCAAAUGAC